CAUACACCCAGACCGCAACCCCAGAAAGCAAUCAUAAGACAUUCAAACAAUCGCUAUCGCCAUUGUAAUGUCACGACGCGAAUCCUUCUUCCCAACACUCGACUCAAUAGGCCCUGCCGAGGUCGGCGACGACUCCUUCUUCGAGGGCGACUACGCACAAAGCGAGGCGGACACAUACUACGACGAUGACGAAGAGAUGCUCGAUUCGGAUGAGGACAUGCUUGGAGAUGAGACCGUCAUAUACGAUCCGCCCACGACGCAACUGCCGGAAGAAGGGCGGGGUGUGAGCUUCGAGGCCAUGGCGCAUAUGGCGGAGACUCCGCGAGCGCGAAGAGGGCCCGUGCAGACCUUUUUGGUGGGGAACACGCCGGAAGUUAGGAGACGGACAACAUAUGCGGAUAAUGUGUUUGGGGUUGAGAUGAGGGAGGUGGAGAAGAGCACGCCGCAGGAGUUUGCGGUGGAGGAGUUAUUGGAGCAGGCCAUGGAGAUGCAGCAGCCUGUUGAGGAUGAUUACUUGCAAGAUUACGAGGAUGAGGGAGAGCAGGCAGUUGGAGGUGGGGAGGUGGGCGACCAGACGAUUAAGUUGAUGGAAGAGGAUCUGGUGGAGCUUGAUUUGGGGGACAAAUUCAAAGCGCUUCAGCUUGAGAAUGCGGCAUUGAACUCAAAGCUUACCGCACUCGAAUCCGAACUUGCGUCUCAGCGAUCACGGACCACCGCACUUCGUACUGAUCUUGCAGUUGCGACAGGCUCAAGUCCUGCGCCCAAGACGCGUAUGGGACCACCGGCUACGACGCCUCGGAGACCGUUGCAGAGAAAGGUCAACAUGGAGAACACCCCGCGAAGACUAAACACAGCCGGUGGAGAUCUCGGUGGAGCAGAUCUUCUUGAGAAGAAGAUGAGGGGGAAGCUUGAAGAACAGGAGGCUAGGAUUGCAAAGUUGGAGGCGGAAAACGGAAAGUUGCAGACGAUCGUUACCGUCGCUACGGCUGACCCGUCGUUGCUAUCACCGCCGGCGAGUCCUGUACCUGAAAUUAGAGAUUUGGAAAUUGAUUUGGAUUUCAAGGAUGGGCAAGUAGAGAGGUUGCAGGAUUUGGUCAAAUUCUUGGAUCUCGAGUCGAAGUUCGUGGGCGAGGAUUUGCGGGCACGGGUUGGCAAGGCGCAGGAGGAGUUUGAGCGAGCACGAUCAGCAUGGGGUCGCGAGAAUGAGCGAUGGGAAUCCGCCCUCGCCCAAAAGACCGCCGAAAUCCAGGCCCUCCAACACCAGAUCGCUUCCACACCCGCACCCGCGCCCGCACCCACUGUCGACACAACCGCCCUCGACACCCUCCGCACUCAGGCCGAGACCGCGAUUACCGAACUCCGCACAGCCCUUGCCGAAGAGCGCGCCCGUGUCGGGCGAAGAGACGCCCAGAUUUACGCUAUGCAUAAACAAAAGAAGGAGUUGGAGGCGAAGGUGAGGCAGAUGGAGGCGCAAUAUGCGAUUUGGUGGAGGAAUAUGAGAGAUGUUGUUGGAGAGGAGGGGAUGCUUGGGAUGGAUAGUCCGAAGUAUGAAAGCUGAGGGUGUGGUGGAAAGAUGACGAGAGAGGAAACUGAAAGAAAGUGGUCAACGGAGGGACGGGUACGGAUUUUUCCAGUUGCAAGAGAUACCAGU